AUGUCGCGGGCAGGCAGACAAGAGUCACAGAAAAGGCCGCUGCGUGGCAACAAUGGCGCGCGCCCUUUGGAAGCCAAAGUCGCCUGCGGGGACCGCGCGCGACCGCCGCGGUCGCAGCCGAAGAAGGAGAACACUGCAACCGGGGCACCUUCCAGGGCGUUGAACAAUUCUCGAGGUGGCGCGGCGCCCGUGUUGGCUUCCCGUGCUCUCUUCCCGUCGUUACUGCGUAUGCCGUCUGUGAAGGAAAUGUACUCAGUUGUGCUCGCCGGCACUACAGGGAAAUCUACAGAUAUUCCUUCCGCUGGAGAGAGUCGGCUGCCUUCAGGAGAUCACAGUGUCAUUGCCGCAAUGUUUUUGCGGCAACUUCGGGUUUCUUGCGCGGCGUACACGGGAAAAGCGCCCAGUGAUAGUGGCGGUGCCAAUUCAACUAGUAUUCUUAGCAGUGGUCGUGGGAGUUCUGAUGUGUUGUGCUCAAACGCAGGGCUUAUCUUUUAUCGCCAUCUUCACGACUUGCACCGAUGGCUAUUUCCGUGCGGCACACGUGAACAUGUGCGCCCUGUAGUUGUUAAGCAUGCGUGGCAGGCACUGUUUUCCAAGAAACUUCGACCAUGGCGGGUAUUUAUGGCUAUCUUAGGUUCUGACAUGAUGCUUGCCGAUGAGAAUGCGGCGUCAGGCUUUCUGACAAUGCUGUACAAUAUUUUGCGCAGCAUAAGUCGCCCGCGUCGCAGGCGAGUUGUCAAGAUGUGUUCCCGGCUUCGAUUAUCGCAAGAAUGCGUUUCCAUCCUUGAGGGGUGCGAGGACGCAUUUGCGGCCGCGGUGCGACUGUGCAAUUGUGACAACAGUACAAGGACCGCUAGUGUGGCCUUGUCGCGUGAAAGGGGUUCACAGGAUCUGAAUACACGAUUGCUGGGGGCUAACAGCUUAAAUUCCCCGCCGUUUGCUUUAAUGCGUGUGGUGGAGGCGGCGGCAAUGAUAUUAGGACUUUGUGGAUCUGAAAACACGAAGGUGCUGCGGGUUGUGCGCCGUACAAAUGCCUUAUCAUCAUUGCUUCGCGUCACCGAGUUACUCUUUGCCACCCUGGCCCACCAGUUGUCCCAGUUAAUGGCGAACGGCGGGAAUUACGUUGUAGCUGAUGGUAGGGGCGCCGCCGAGGUAGCGUGUUGCAGGAAGGGAGCUCCGUCGAACUCUGCUUCCAUUUAUGAGCAUGUGUUGCCCACCUGCGAUGCCCUUCUUCACCUGGUUGUAGCACUUUAUCAACUUGCGUCCCUUUCGGCGAAUGCUGAAUUCAUGGGCGAACGUGGCGUGAAGCUUUGCGUUCAGCUUGGCUGGAUGCUGCACAGCUUUCUCUCAAGAACGAUACAUUCCUUGCGAGCACUUUAUUUGCCGUUACAGGAUCACCUUGAGCGACUGGCGUUGUGGUCGAUUGAACUCUUGUCCCGUCUCUGCUGCGGCGUAAAGGCGAGGAAACGCUCACUGGAAGCGGCACGGGAGCAGGGGGCUGUUGGCAUGCUUGUUAAUUUUAGCACGCAUCCAUCACGGCGCGCGGAAGUUGGGCUUUCCUCUCUCAACACCUUAAAUGCCUUAACAACCAAGGAUAGUGGUUGUCGAGAGCAGCUGCAUGGUGACUUAGCGGAACUUUUUGCUCUUGUUCGCGGUGUCGUCUUUGCGGCCGAGUCGACAGCUCGCUCAGCGGCCCACUGGCACAAGCUGUACGUGUCUUUGUAUGCAUUAUUUGGCAUCGUCACACUCCCGGGUGAGGUGGAUGCCUCCCCACGUAAUGAGAGCACGACCCCCACGCUCCGCGUCGUGCCUGCGUUGCGGUCCCUCCCCACCUCAGCGCCGGAUGACCCGCGCAAAUUGUCGUUGCUCCGCGUGGGUGAAAUGACGAUGCCAGUCUCACUUCUUCCGAUUGAUUUUCAGCCGGACGCCUUUUCACCGGAGUUGCAUAAGGAAGGGGAUUGGGGUUACGCCGCGGACACGUUUGCCUUUGUUGCGCCUGACAAACUGCCUUGGGCGUUUUCCGAUGACGGUUUGCCCCCUUUCCGCGAGAUCGCCGCCUCUCUCUUCCCGGAGGCGGAGGCGCUGGGAAGCUGCCCACCCGCGUCUGCGCCGGAGGUUCUUCAGCCCGCCUCAUCCGAGGCGCACGUUCGAGUGCUGAAAUGCCUCAUUGAGCGUCUGUGCACGUCGUCGCGCUGCAUCGAUCGCAUCGUCUAUGAGCGAGCCCCACUCGUUUUGUCACCAUCACUGCAGGCGAUGUUGGAAGAGGCGACAACGCCGACGCCGGAACGGGUGCCGUUGUUGAGCGGAGAUGAAAACAGAGGAGGAGGAGGAAUAGGAAGGCCGACCAAGUUUGAGGCUCCUUCCUUGCCAGGAUUCCUGAAAUUUCGAUCCGACUUUGAGUCUGGUAACCUGCAGCGUGCUGUUGCCAUCGAUGAGGUGGAGUACGACCUUGUGCUAAGCCCUGACACAAACACAAAUUGCCAUGUGCAGUGGUUCUGUUUUAGCGUGGAAGACUACAUGCCCGGCGCGACCUACCGCUUCAACAUCCUCAACAUGGAGAAAUCCAGCUCGACCUUCAACGAGGGUCAACGACCCCUCAUGUUGUUGGUUGAGGACGCCUCGUCAAGCCCAAGUGCGUCGGAACUCCCGCAGUGGAGGCGUUGUGGGCACGACAUUUUCUACUACAGAAACUUGUAUAAGCGCCCGGCACGUUGCACCACGACCACCACUGCAACGAUGGAAACAUCCGGGAUGGAGAUGGUCAAUGGUCAUGACGGCAGCGAUCGCGGAUUAAACCGCGGGCGGCAGUCCUCAAAGAAGGCAAAAAAAGCCUUAAAGACAAGGCAUUGCAAAAACCAGCAUGAGGAAGGGACCUCUUUUUGUUAUACGCUGACGUUUUCGGUGGUAUUUCCAGAAAAGAAAGGGCGUGUGUUUUUGGCAAAUUGUUUUCCGUACACUUACACCAACCUGAUGGCCGACGUCCGUCAGUGGGAGCAGCAGGGAAAGGCUGCCCUUGGUGCCUCUGCCAUGGUGGCAGUGCAACAGCUCUGUUUGACACCCGGUGGUCUUCCGGUGCCUAUUAUUACCGUGACGGCAGGCACCUCGCUAGACGAGGAUGCUGGCAGCGGAGAGGAUAAAAAUCCGUGCAAAGAAUCCGGUGUUGCGGCGUCAAGAGGAAUAGAGGAGCGCCCGGUGUGUAUUGUGACCUCGCGAGUCCACCCUGGAGAGAGUAACGCCAGUUGGAUGUUGCGUGGGCUGCUGACUUUUCUUCUUAGCGACGAGGAGGAGGCCCAGGCGCUGCGGAGCGGUUUCGUGUGGAAGAUUAUCCCCAUGCUGAAUCCCGACGGUGUUGUGCUUGGAAACCAUCGUUCCUCGCUCGGGGGAGCUGACCUCAACCGAGACUACGCAGCCCCAAACCCGUGUAUCAAUCCCGUGAUUUAUUCGCUGAAGCAGCUCACUCAACACAUGAUUGCGCGAGAACAACGCCAUGUGGCGCUAUUUGCAGAUCUGCACGGACACUCACGCGCCAAAAACUUUCUCAUCUACGGAUGUACACGACGCCCCGAGGCGCCGGAGAGCAAACCGGCCGUCAAGGCCCUAGUAGCACCGCUAUCGCCUCCAGUGGAAGUUUCCUCCAGCAAUUCCAAUUUGGAUACUCGUCGACAGGUGCCGCCCCCCACGAGCUCAAUAAGUACUAAUUCUCUUCAUGUUGAAAGAUUUUUUCCUUUUAUUCUAAGUGGUCUUUCUCCCGCCUUUGCACUAUCACAAUGUUCCUUUACGGUGCAUAAGAGCAAGCGGAAUACUGGACGGGUUGUGAUGUUUCGUCAAUUUGGGAUACGCAUGAGUUACACACUGGAGGCAACCAUGAUGGGAGGGAAAGACGAUGGGGUGUUUUGCCGCAACAACGGUGUGACACCGAAAAGGUUACCAGGAGGUCUCUUUGGGGUGCAGCAGGAAGACAAGGCAAGUGAAGAGGCUAGCAAGGAGGAGGCAAAAAUAAAAGGAGCCGUGGAGCCAUGGCCUCCAGAGGUCGCCUACACCACUCUUCAGUAUGAAAAUAUGGGGGCGUUGCUGGUUCGCGGCCUUCAUCUCCUCAGAAUAGAUGGUGAGGGUGUAAAUGCCUUUAAGAAGGAGGCUAUUGAGCGCGCAUGGUCAUUGCUAUUUGCUGGUGCCAGCAAUGUGGAGACGACAAAUGUAUUAAACUCUCCUGUCAUGGGUGGUUCGUAUGCGUUUUCGACGCGAAAGGAACGCCGUCCGGAUGCUCUCAGGGUGAAGAAGGAGAAGACGGCGACCGCCACCACGCUGCCAAUGGAGCAGCGCAGGGAGUUGCUGCGCGCACUGCUCGUGCGGCCGAAGGUGUCAAGUAUGCAGCCGAUGGCCCUUGGCCCCGUGUUAUUGGGAAGUGAAAGUGACGAUGAGGAUGAAUCUGAGAGCUCGGACGGCGAAGGCGACGACGACGACGAGGGAAACCAGGAUAACGCCCCCCGACGCGAAGCUGUUGACGACGCUGAGAGCGACGGAAGCGACGAUGAGAACGAGAACGACGAUGUCGACGUCGACGACGAUGAUGAUGAAGACGAGGACGAUGAUGAUGACACGGACGAUGAUGAGGAUGAAGAGCUUCCGUCCUCUGAGAUUGGCGGGCUCUAUUUCCUGGAGUAG